AUGGAUUCAGAAAAAGAAACUUCAAAAACCAUCAAAUCACCAACCACCAAAUCAAAUCAAAUCACACUAUACUCAGUUUUACCUGGUUUACAACUUUUAUCAAUCGUUUCACCCUUUGUAUUAUUAUUAAGAAAGAAUUCAAUCACAGGAUAUUUUAGAUUAAAUGGAGUUUUGACUUUUGGAAUUGGUGGUAGUCUUGGAAUUGCAAAUGCAACAUUAAGACCGAUUCCACGUGUAGAACAAACUCAUGAAAGAGUUAGGUUAAAUGAUUUUUCAAUUAUCGGUGGUAGCUUGGGUUCUUUAAUCAUUUCAACUUUUUUUGCUCAUCGUGGAAUUUUAAAAGUUUUAAGUUUAAUUCCAGGUGGUGCAAGUUUUGGUAUUGCUACUGGAUUCUUAACUGGAAUCAUUAAUACUAAAUCAGAUAAAUCAAAUUAA